GUUUAUUCCGUCGGUUAAGUGAUGUGAUGAAAGCCCAGUAAAAAUUCAAUCGGAGUACUCCCAACCAAUAACCAUCCACAAAAAAAUAUAUGUGCCACACUCGCUCCAUUUAGAUACACAUGGCAGGCAAAUGGCAUGAAAUUUUGAAGCAGUAUUCAAAAAGGAGAGAGAAAGAGAAACUAACUAAUAAUCUGAACUGUGAUUUAAAAUAGUUUGAACAAGAUUUCCUUAAAAAUCAGUUUUAUACCUACCCAUGACAAUACUAAAUGAUGGACAGUUGUAGACACAUAUAAAACAAAAUAGUUAUGUUGAAUAACGGUAAUCAACAACAGCAACAACAACAACAGCAAACACAGCAGCAGCAUCCGCAACAACAUCAUACACAACAACAGCAGCAACAUCAUCAUCAGCAACAACAGCAACCAGUUCAUCACCAACAGCAGCAGCAAUCACAACAAUUCGUCACCAUCAACGCACAGAGCUACGAUGCUAAUCUGAACUUUGAAACCUUUGGCGAAUUAUGUCGACUAUGUUCGCUACGUAAUGGACCCGCCAAAAUUCACCUGUUCGACAAAGAAGCCGAACAAAGGAAUCUCGUUUAUAAAUUACGUUUGCUAAUGCCGGUUAAUAUCGCCAAAGAAGAUUUUUUACCAAAAAACAUUUGCGAACGGUGUGUCCAGAAAGUUGAGAGCCUGUACGACUGGCGCCAAACCAGUUUACACAACGAACACAUUCUGAGGAAUUAUGCAGAGUCCAUGAGAGCCGUUACAGCAACAAUAAAUUUUCAGGACGGCACAGUGAAUAUGGAUAAAAUGACAGUGGCUCAAAAGAACGCAUAUUUGGAGGCACAUAUGGCAGUGCAACAGCAAAUGGCCCAGGCGGCUAUACAAUUUAAGCAACAACAACAGCAGCAGCAACAACAAACGUCCAAUACUAAUCAAACACAACAGCAAAACUCUCCCAAUAGCAAUAACAACAAUACCAGUAACAGUAAUAAUAAUAACACAAACAGUAAUAACACAAAUCAACAAUUACAACAACAGCAACAACAACAGCAGCAACAACACUAUACGAGCACCAUUAAAGUACCACAAAUAAGUUCCUCAAGUUCAGCCGGUAAUGAUAGCACAUUUACCGUACCAGAUGAUGUUGGCAUGGGCUUCGAAGGUGGCGUCCGAGUUCUACAAAGUCUGGGCACCUGGUCUUCAGACAAUAUAACUUAUAAUAUACCCAAGCCGAAUUUGAUCCCAUUUACAGAACCCUAUGUUGAGGGUGGUUCUAUGCAUCCGGCCAGCCGUCUUAAGGCGCUGCAACAAGUGCAACAGGCUUCUUCAGGUGUACGAAAAGUGAAUCCGUCUAAACCCACCAAUAAAGCAUUUGAAUGCACAGUGUGCGGAAAAGGAUUAGCACGCAAGGAUAAAUUGACCAUACAUAUGCGUAUACACACCGGAGAGAAGCCUUAUAUUUGUGAAGUUUGCAAUAAAGCUUUUGCUCGCCGUGAUAAACUUGUCAUUCAUAUGAACAAAUUCAAACAUGUAACACCCACAAAUAUUGCACCACUUGGGAAGCGUCUCAAUAAUCUGGUAAAGAAGAAAGAGCCCGAAACAGAGGACAAUAAACAAAAUCUGGAAUUGCAAUUACAACAACAAGCGGUCCAAGUAGCAGCCCAAAAUAUAAUUGUGCAAACGUCAAGUGGUCAACAUGGUGGCACAACACAGACCACAUCGAUACCCGGCAUCAUAAUACCACAUCAUCAUGCCCAGCAACAGUUGUCAUGGACUUGUGAAUUGUGUGGUCGCAUGUUUUCCAACCGUGAUGAAUGGACAUUGCAUGCUAAGAGUCAUUUGGAGUAUUGACACCAGGAACAGGAAACAACGGAUACUGGAAAACCAACCAAAAUGGCAAAUCAGAACAACUAUCAACUGGAUACAACUACGAACAGUAACAACAAUAGCAACAACGGUGGUGGUACGAACAACAAUAACGCAAACAAU